AUAAAAGCAAAUGUCAUUAAAAACACGAAUUUGCAAUCUUAAGUAUUGUCAAACGUGAGUAGUAAAAAAAAGUAAACGUAAACAAUUCGUCUAUCAAAUUGUUUUUCAUAAAAUAAAUAGCAGCAAUAUCGAAUAUUGUUUUAUAUAAAUUAAUGUCUCGAAUUUGGUAUUUGUAAAGUAAUUUGCAGAGCAUGUCUCUGCGGUACGUUUGUGUGGAGGUGCGCCAUAACCUCCGUUGUGCCAAUGUAUUCCUCCAGUUUGACCACAGUCUCACUGAAACGGAAUUCUUAAAAAUUGUUGUAGAAAACGAUGCACUGACCUUUCGAGAAUACUCAACAGCGACCCGCGUGGCGCUCGGUAAAUUUUUUACCGCGGAAGCACGUACUAUAAGUAACUUGACUGUAGAAGAGUGCAAUGCCAGUUUUCGUUUAACUAUAACCAAUGAACCUGCCCAAGUUACUACUGAUAAUACAGAAAAUGAAAAAGAUAAUAAAAGAAAAAUCUAUAUAACUCCAAAGCCAAAUAUCGAAGAAGGCAGCCAGCACAUAGUUUUGUGCAAGAAUUGUAAAUGUGAACUGAGUACUACACUUCAAUGCCAAAGAGUUCGAGAAUUUCCCUCUGGAUCUAUAGACGUAAACGAAUUUUUUUGUCAUCAUGGACCGAAAUUCGAUGAAGUUUUGGUGCCACAAUUAACUGACUUCUUUUAUGGCUUUCAAUUUGUUGUACUUAAUUCGGAGUUGGCACAACAACAGGUCAAAAUGAAGGAUAAACAUGUUUACUGUCGGCGAUGUUUGCAGUACCUGGGUGAAAAUAUACUCAACGAUAAUGCAAUGAAAUUAUGGAUGGACACAUUGCUUUUAAAGUGUCAGCCUAACGAUAAGGAUGAUACAAUAAUAAAUGUUGUUAACGAGAAAGUCACACCAACAUGUCAGCUUUUACACAAAAUUAUUGACGAUACUCUAGUUACAGAUGUUGCUGGGGAACCAUUGCUUCAACAGAUGCACUUUUGUAAAGUUUUGCUGGAAGCCACCUUUCCGUGCCGAAAACGCAAAUAUCUGCUAUUGCAAGUACUGGAAAAGCAAUUACAGGUGCUACGUAACACAAAACCAUUGGCUCAUGGCAGCCAUAAUAAUAAUAAUGUGCUGCAAGUGCAACUUGAGCAAUGCAAAAGUUUUAAAUUACUGUACAGACUGUUGGAUGAAACAGAAGAUGAAGGUGGAGGUGAUGACAAAAGAGGAGAAAAAGAUAGUGGUGAGACUAGCAGUGCCAGUAGUACUAGCAGCGAUAGCAUGCUCCUGAAAAAUUGGAAAGAGGAUAUGUCUAUACAUGUACUAAAGGUAUCACCUACACUCUUUGGCACAUUACUGGACGAGUUGGAUGAAAAUGCUUUAUUGCUUCCUGAAUUGUACCGCUAUACGCACGACCAUUUUCAAUUGAGUUAUAUAUUCUAUGAAGAUUAGAAAAUUAAACUUAAGUUUUGACAUUAAAUAUAAUGAUAUUUCGUUAUUAUAAACGUGACCAUGCGGCCGGUUCAAAUAUCUUAAGUGUCAAUAUACAUAUGUAUAUACUUAUAUACCCUUUUAUUUAUGUUCAAGAACUUGCAAUACGCUUACUUGGCUAAGAUUGUAAUUAACAUUUAACUAGUAUGAUUUGUCUUUAAAAUCUUAACACAAUCAGGAGGGUAUAAUUUUAAUUGCAACAAUUUAAGAGACUUGAUAAGUUUUACUCUCUAACAUUAAUUAGUCAUAAUUUCCCCGAUAUAUUCUAAGGCAAUGAUAUUUUGUUCGUGCCAGAGCUAAAACGAAAACUAAUAGAAUUCUAAUAAAAAUGUAAAGCUCUAAAAUUUUUCAGUACAAAAA